AUGAGGAAGAAGGAGGAGGACAAGGUAGAGGAGGCCAGUUUUUACUCUGCGCCCACGUUUUCGGCCAUGGUGGAGGCAAAACAAGUGCUGGAUCGGGCAGUCUCGGAAACGGAUGGACAGGACGAGGAGCAACGAGGCCUGGCGAUUUCUGGUGAAGUGGCGGACUUCAUUGAAAGGCUGCGAGAGGUGUUGCAGAGGUGGACGAGGAAGCACGUGGGGGACCUGAAGAAGCAGUUUUUUCGCUUGGCUUUGGGCAAGAUGGAGGAGACGCCGUUUCAUGAAGCGGAGUUGAACGGGCUGAGGGCUGAGUGGUUUUCUUUGCUGGAUGAUCCAGUUUUGGCAAAGGAGCAGGUGGCGAACCAGCCCUUUUUCUUGCAGGCAAUUGCGCAGACAGCGAGGCGGAUGGAAGAUGAGGAUUGGAAGGUUUUAGUUGAGGGUGAGGACAAGGGGCGCAGAGUAGGCUUCAAGUCAGCUUUUCCUCGGGUGCCUUUGGUGUUCAGACCAAAACUGAAAUACCGGCAGUACGAUGACACUGAGUUGCGUGAGGAUAACGUGAAUUACACUUCAGCACAGGCGCACGAGGACACCCUAGAGAAGCAGUUUCAAGAAGAGGAGGCCAUGGGAGCGGUUGAGGAUUGCUUCACUUGGUGCAAGGAGGAUGGGACAGUUCGGGCAUUGCGCGACGCUACUCACUUUGUGAAGGUCAACUCGGAGAUCGUGAUACAAGACCGACUGGAGUUUCCUGGACCGGCGAAUUCUUGCCGCUUGAUGGAGGCUUCGCAGGAGGACGGUCACCGCUUCAUGCUGGCAGUUGCUGCGGACAUUGCGAAGGCGCACAGAAGAUUCCUGCACCACCCAGAUGACCACGGACUGUUGGCGUGUAGGGCGAAACUUGGGCUGGUUCUGAGACUGGCGAUGCAGGACCAUCUGUAUCAACUGUUGUUUGCCGAUGACCUCAAACUGGUGGCCGCUGGCGAGCAGAAGUAUUUGGUGAUCUGGUCGGCUGUGGUGGCGUGGCUGAUGAUGGGGACGCCUUUCAAGUGGUGCAAGUUUCGGGGUGGCCUGGAGUUGGACUACGUCGGAUUUUAUUUUGAUUACACCCGCUUUGAGGCGGGGCUGUCAGAGAAGAGGACCACCUGGCUUGUGCAGUGGAUCGAAGGGUUGGAAAGGGACAAGGGGCGUACUACACCGGAGGUUCGUGGAGUCCCCAAAAUGGUGCUGCUGGCCUUGAGGUACAUCAACAACUUGCUGAGGUCUGGGAACCGCAUGGUCAGCAGCAAGGCAGCGCCAGAGGCCGGAGCAGAGGUUUUUCGCACGGAUGCAAAGCGUGGAGAGGACUUCGUGGUCUUGGGAGGUUGGCAGAUUUUGGAGGAGGGAGAACCGGGCUUGUGGUUCUUGUUGAGGAUAAGCAAGGAUGAGCUUCCGCACUUCUUUGGGGAGAGUGGCCAUGCUUCAUGUUUGAGCACAGCAGCUGAGUUGUUGGCGACCUUGGCAGCCCUUCAUGCUUUCAAGUUGGUAGAGGCGAGGGGCCCACAGUGUGUCUCGAUUACAGCCGGGACGGACAACCUGGCCACCGACUUCGUGGUAAAAGGGAACUCUACGAACAAAUUUCCACUGGCUUGGGUGCACAUGCAAUUGGCUUUCUUGCUGUUUCGGGUGGAUGCAGCGCUGGACUUGAGGUGGAGGCCGAGAGAGGAGUGGAGUUGA